AUGAGCAAUAAGAGAAAUUUUAAAAUUGUGUUGCUUGGAGAAGGAAGAGUGGGUAAAACAUCACUCACGCUCCGCUUUAUUAAAGAUGUUUUUGAUGAGCAUCAACAAUCAACGAUACAGGCCACAUAUCUUCAAAAAGAUUUAAAAGUGGGAGACCAAAACGUUUGCCUAUCUGUUUGGGAUACUGCUGGACAAGAGAGGUUCCAUGCUUUAGGACCAAUCUACUAUAGAAACGCCGACGGAGCACUUUUAGUUUACGAUAUUACAGACCAAGACACUUUUGAGAGAGCUAAAACCUGGGUGAUGGAAUUGAGAAAAGUUCUCGGAGAUGAUAUUAUCAUCACUAUUGCAGGAAAUAAGUGUGAUAUGAUUAAACAACGACAAGUUUCGGAAGAACAAGCUCUCGAAUAUGCUCGAUCGGUAGGAGCAAAUCAUUUACUAACAAGUGCUAAAGCUAACAAGAAUGUGGCAGAGUCAUUCCUGGAUCUUACGAAGCGUAUUUUAGAAAAGAAAGCACAAGGUGGAAAUGUUCCUCCCUCUUCAAAUAGAAUGUCAACACGAGGUGUUAGUGGACUGACCAUUGAGGACACCUCAAGGCCAUCUUCUCAUAGCAGAAUCAACUCACGAGUGAGUGGACUCACAAUUACAGACGAUACUCCACAAAAGAAACAGCAAGAUAAUGGACCAUGUUGUAAAUAA